ACGAAAAUGAGUACUGAAAUGGGCGUUUUCUAUUCCCCCAUUUUCCCACACGUUUUCCCAAAACCAAAACCCUAAAACCCCAAUCUUUCUCUCAGCUGAGCUCCUCAUCAUCCCGACCCCAAUCCCUCCUCCUCCGCCUCCUCCUCAACCGCCUCUCGAACCCCCGCCUCCGCCCGGCAUCACUUCUUCCGCUGAAGUCGCCGCCGCUUCCUGCGAUAACAAUCUUUCUCUCAGUGUGGGCAAUGGAUAUUGAUCCGGAACGCAACUCAAGCAACCCGAUGCAAAUGGAAUUAGAGAAGCCCACUUCAAAUGGAGUAAAUGGAAAGGGCAAAGAGAAAGAGGAGGUUUUGGAGUCUAUAGAGAAGCUGAACAUUUCCGAAUCCUCCUCUUCGAGCUUCAAGAAGAAGCCGGUGAUCAUCAUUGUCGUGGGAAUGGCAGGGAGUGGGAAGACUACCUUUCUUCAUCGCUUGGUUUGCCAUACUCAGUCCUCAGGCAUUAGGGGUUAUGUCCUUAACCUUGACCCGGCAGUCAUGACACUUCCAUUUGGUGCUAAUAUCGAUAUCAGAGACACGGUUCGGUACAAGCAAGUGAUGAAGGAGUACGGUCUGGGCCCCAAUGGGGGAAUUCUCACGUGUUUGAACCUAUUUGCUACAAAGUUUGAUGAGGUGGUUUCACUUAUUGAAAGGCGAGCAGAUGAAUUAGACUAUGUUUUGGUGGACACCCCUGGUCAGAUUGAGAUAUUCACUUGGUCAGCUUCUGGAGCAAUUAUCAUGGAAGCUUUUGCUUCGACGUUUCCUACAGUCAUAGCGUAUGUUGUGGAUACACCUAGAUCUGGAAAUCCGGUAACUUUCAUGAGCAACAUGCUCUAUGGAUGUAGCAUACUCUACAAGACAAGACUGCCUUUGGUUCUUACAUUUAACAAGGUUGAUGUGACGAAGCAUGAGUUUGCAAUAGAGUGGAUGGAAGAUUUUGAAGCAUUCCAAUCUACAUUGGACUCUGAUUCAUCAUACACAGCAACUUUAACAAGAAGUCUGUCACUUGUACUUGAUGAGUUUUAUAAAAAUCUUCGCUCUGUGGGUGUUUCAGCAGUUUCUGGUGUUGGAAUGGAAGCGUUCUUUAAUGCUAUAGAAGCGAGUGCUAAAGAAUACAUGGAAAACUACAAAGCUGAUCUUGAUAAGAGACGGGCUGAGAAGGAGAGACUGGAAGCAGAGCGUAGAAAAGAGAGCAUGGAUAAGUUGCGCAAGGAUAUGGAGAAAACUAAAGGGCAAACGGUGGUACUGAACACCGGUUUGAAGGACAAGCAGCCAACUGGUGAUAUGAUGGAUGAAGAGGAUGAAGAGGAAGAAGAGAUUGAUGGCUUGCGGUUUUCUGAGGAGGAUGAGGACGAAGAUGAAGGUGAAAACGAAGAAGUUGAUCACUUCGCUUUCUGAAGGGUUAUGCUGAAUGCAGCAAUUAGUUGAUGUUUAUUGGACGAUUUUGUAACCUAUGAAGAUUUUGCUAUCGAAUAGUUAGAUGUGUUCUUCUCUUUUAUGUUAUUAGAGGGGAGACUUUGAUACUUAAAAAUAUGUAUAUAAUCUUGAAUCGAACAGUUAAAUUUGCAACUUUCCUAGUGCUCUUGUUAUCGGCAAAUUGCCCAGGCUGACGUUUCCCUUGUCUU